CCCCACUCUACCGUCAUCAUCCACCUAACCUGUGCCGCCCUUCUAUAAAACCAUUCACUGAUAGUUUCCUUCGCCAUGAGCCGCCACACAACCACCGUUAACCAUUUCUUGAUAGCUUACUUCCAAUUAUGGAUCUUCUUCUUCUAGAGAAGACCCUUCUCGGCCUUUUCUUCGCCAUUAUAGUUGCCACUGUAAUCUCCAAACUACGUGGCAAACGCUUUAAGCUCCCUCCGGGCCCAAUUCCAGUGCCGGUUUUCGGCAAUUGGCUCCAAGUCGGCGAUGAUUUGAACCACCGGAAUCUAACCGAAUACGCCAAGAAAUUCGGUGACAUAUUCUUGCUCAGAAUGGGCCAACGUAAUCUUGUCGUUGUUUCAUCGCCAGACCUUGCGAAGGACGUUUUGCACACACAGGGAGUUGAGUUCGGUUCACGCACAAGGAACGUCGUUUUCGACAUUUUCACUGGUAAAGGCCAAGAUAUGGUGUUCACCGUCUACGGCGAGCACUGGCGCAAGAUGCGGCGGAUCAUGACGGUGCCGUUUUUCACCAACAAGGUUGUGCAGCAGUACCGACACGGUUGGGAGGCUGAAGUGGCUGCCGUGAUUGAUGAUGUGAAGAAGAACCCUGAAUCCGCCACUAAUGGGAUUGUUUUGAGGAAGAGAUUGCAAUUGAUGAUGUACAAUAACAUGUACAGAAUCAUGUUUGAUAAAAGGUUUGAGAGUGAAGAGGAUCCUCUUUUUGUAAAGCUUAAAGCAUUGAAUGGUGAAAGGAGUAGAUUGGCUCAAAGCUUUGAGUAUAAUUAUGGAGAUUUCAUUCCCAUUUUGAGGCCUUUCUUGAGAGGAUACCUCAAGAUCUGCAAGGAGGUUAAGGACAGAAGAUUACAACUCUUCAAGGACAAUUUCGUUGAUGAAAGAAAAAAGCUUGCGAGUACAAAGCCAAUGGACAACAAUGGUCUGAAAUGCGCCAUUGAUCACAUUCUUGAAGCUCAGCAAAAGGGAGAGAUCAACGAGGAUAAUGUCCUCUACAUUGUUGAGAACAUCAAUGUUGCUGCAAUCGAAACAACAUUGUGGUCUAUUGAAUGGGGUAUUUCAGAAUUAGUGAAUCACCCCGAGAUCCAGAAGAAACUCCGUGAAGAGAUCCACACCGUACUCGGACCAGGAGUACAAGUCACAGAACCGGUUAUCCACAAACUCCCAUACCUUCAGGCCGUGGUCAAAGAAACACUUCGUCUCCGUAUGGCUAUCCCUCUUCUCGUGCCCCACAUGAACCUCAGCGAUGCCAAACUUGGAGGAUAUGAUAUUCCUGCCGAAAGCAAAAUCUUGGUCAAUGCUUGGUGGCUAGCCAACAAUCCAACUCAGUGGAAGAAACCCGAAGAGUUCAGGCCAGAAAGAUUCUUGGAAGAGGAGUCGAAAGUGGAGGCUAAUGGUAAUGACUUCCGGUAUCUCCCAUUUGGCGUCGGUAGGAGAAGCUGCCCUGGAAUCAUACUUGCAUUGCCAAUUCUUGGCAUUACUUUGGGACGUUUGGUGCAGAAUUUUGAGCUGUUGCCUCCCCCCGGGCAGUCAAAGAUAGACACUAGCGAAAAGGGAGGGCAGUUCAGUCUGCAUAUUUUGAAGCACUCCACCAUUGUCUUAAAGCCAAGAUCUUUUUAAAAUUGUUGCUUUUGCAACAAAAGAAAUCGUAAUUUGAUUGUAUUAGUGUUUUGUAUUAUUUUGGCCUUUAUGAUAACUUAGUGCUCACCUCGCACAUGGUUUAUUGCA